ACGUCGCCGUCACAGGGCAGGGGUCGUUUCCGUCUGGGUUUGAAAUCGCUCUGAGGCUAGUUCGUUCCUUUGGCUUUUCUUAUCGCUUCUUUUUCGCUACAUUUUCCUGGUUAAAAUCCUUUACUGCCCUCCGCCCCCCCGUGAAGUCCUUUUCUGCGAGGUGGAUUCGCUCCGCCUCAGCCUCGCCCUCUCGGCCCCUGGAGGGCAGCCAUGGCCGCCCCGCUCCCGGAGAGCCGGCGUCCUCUCCCCGGUCCUGGGGUUCUGGAGAGCCCGCCCCUCUCCGGAGACCCCCUCCCUCCCUCCCCGCCCGUCUUUUUUCGUGUCUUCCUCAGGCCGGUCCUUCAGCUCCCCCUGCCUCCGCUUCUUAGCCACCCCUUCCCCUCACCCCGCAUAGGGGGAGGUGACCUGGGCCAGCCGUGUGACGCUCAGUGUUCUUCGGCCUCAAAUUCCACCCCGCUGGCAAAUGCGCACUUCCGCUGGGCGGGCAUCUUAAUUCAGUCGACAUCACGGUAAAUAUGUGGGCGAGGGGGAUCAGGAGAAGCAGGGACAGAGCGGUUGACAGAGAAAUAGGAAAACUAAGGUGAAAAUAAGAAUGAGUGAGAACAGAUGGCAACGUAGAGGAUGGGUGAGGGCCUGUUUCAGUGAGUACUUGGUAAGGAUGUCAGUGAUCUUUUAACAGUUGGAAGUGAGUUCCGUCAGUCAAUUUAGUAUUGCGUUUUCUUCCCUUUUAUGUGAUCUGUGAGCUACUAAGUAGAUGUUCCUCUCAAGUACCUCUUGUCUGUUCUCUGCGAGUGAUGAAGAAUGGGCUGGAUUGACCUGGAACCUUCUUCCAACAGAGCCCCUCUAUUCAUGAUGAAGACGUUUGCCCAGAGCUUAUUUCUCAGCUGAAAUAAGCGUUUUCCCAGGAGGACCAACUUCUUGAUCUCCAUACUGAAUGCCCGGUGUCCUUCAGUUUGCAGCUUGUGUGUGUUCCUCUCGCGAUCCUGUGCCCAUAGGUCUCUGUGCCUUUCAGCCCUGUUUGCUCAUGCAUGCAUGAAGGAGAGGAGGAGAAAUGGAGAAAGUGGAGAGGAGCCUGUAGGUGCCUGCCGGAGGGAUACGGAAAUCGACCUCUAAAGACUCAUGUUGUCUGAGGAAGAAGCCCGGAAGAGGAGGAAGAGGAAAGAAAAGGAGUCAGGAAUGGCUCUUUCUCAGGGACAGUUGACCUUGGAGGAUGUGGCCAUCACGUUCUCUCAGGAGGAGUGGGAAUGCCUGGACCCUGGUCAGAGGGCCUUGUACAGGGACGUGAUGUUGGAGACCUACAGGAACCUGCUCUCCCUGGAUAUCUGUCAUAUAUAUGUGAUGAAGAAAUUACAACCUAAAGUGAACAGUGAUGGAGGAGAAGUAUUCCAAACAGUGAUGUUGGAAACACGUGAAAGCCAUGAAAUAAGAGAUUUUUACUUCAAGGAAAUCCAGGAAAAUAUGCAUGACUUUGAGUAUCAGUGGAGAGAUGAUGAAAGAAAUGGCAAAGGAAUGCCUAUAACCUGUAAAGAAAAUCUCACUUAUAAAAGAAAUCAACCUUGGAAAAGGGAUGCAGGAAACAAGCCUGUUGAAAAUAGGCUUGGAUCAAGCUUUCGAGAUAAACUGCUGAUAUAUCAAGCUGAAGGGAAAAUUUAUGAAUGUAAUCAAGCUGUGAAGUCUACCAACAGUAGAGGCUCAUUUUCAAUACUUGAAAGAAUUCCUCCUAGUGUCCAGGCCAACAUUUCUAAUAUAUAUGGGAAUGAUCUUACCCAUCUUUCAGUACUGACACAGGAACAGAAAGCAUACAAGGGAAAACCUUACAAAUGUGGUCAGUUUGGCAAAAUGUUUCGUCAGGGCUCAUACCUCACUAGACAUCAGAUAAUCCACACAGGAGAGAAAUCAUACAAAUGUGAUAUAUGUGGCAAAGUCUUUAGUCGAAGUUCACACCUUGCAAGUCAUCGGAAAAUUCAUACUGGAGAGAAGCCUUACAAAUGUAAUGAGUGUGGCAAGCUCUUUAGUCAAAAAGCACACCUUGGAAAUCAUCAGCGAAUUCAUAGUGGAGAGAAACCUUACAAAUGUCAUGAGUGUGGCAGAGCCUUUACCCUUCGCUCAAAUCUCAUCAGACAUCAGAAAAUUCAUACAGGAAAGAAAUUAUAUAGAUGUGAUAUAUGUGGCAAAGUCUUUAGUCGAAAUUCACACUUUGCAAGUCAUCAGAGACUUCAUACUGGAGAGAAACCUUACAAAUGCAGUGAGUGUGGCAAGGUCUUUAGUCAAAAGUCACACCUUACAAGACAUCAGAGAAUUCAUAGUGGAGAGAAACCUUACAAAUGUAAUGAGUGUGGCAAAACCUUUAAUUUUCGCUCAAACCUCAUUAAACAUCAGAAAAUUCAUAUAGGAAAGAAAUUAUAUAAAUGUGAUGUAUGUGGCAAAGUCUUUAUUAGAAAUUCACACUUCGCAAGUCAUCAGACACUUCAUACUGGAGAGAAACCUUACAAGUGCAAUGAGUGUGGCAAGGUCUUUAGUCAAAAUUCACAUCUUACAAGACAUCAGAGAAUUCAUAGUGGAGAGAAACCUUACAUGUGUAAUGAGUGUGGUAAAGCUUUUAGCCAAAGUUCAAGCCUGGUUGACCAUCGGAAAAGUCAUUCUGGAGAGAAACCAUAUAAGUGUUUUGAAUGUGGCAAGGCCUUUAAGCAAUGGUAUUACAUCAAGAUUCACCGAAGAAUUCACACUGGAGAGAAACCAUACAAAUGUGAUGUGUGUGGCAAGGCCUUUAUUGCUCUUUCAAGCCUAACUAAUCAUCAGGUAAUCCAUACUGGAGAGAGACCUUACCAAUGUAAUGAAUGUGGGAAGGCAUUUAGGCAACAGUCUGAAAUCAGGAUUCACCAAAGAAUUCAUGAUGCAGAGAACCCUUUCAAGUGUAAUGAAUGUGGGAAAGCCUUUACUCAGCGUUCAACUCUCACUACACAUCAGAUAAUCCAUAAAAGAGAGAAACCAUAUAAAUGUGAUGUAUGUGGAAAGGUCUUUAGUCAAAAAUCACACUUUAAAAUCCACCAGAGAAUUCAUUCUGGGGAGAAGCCAUACAAAUGUCAUGAGUGUGACAAAGCCUUUAUUGUGCGUUCGAGCCUCACUUCCCAUCAGGUAAUCCAUACAGGAGAGACAGCACAUAAAUGUGACGUUUGUGGCAAGGGCUUCAGUCAAAAUUCACACCUCGUGACUCACCGUAGAGUUCAUACUGGAGAGAAACCUUACAAAUGUAAUGUGUGCAGCAAAGCAUUUAGUGUGCAAUCAGGCUUAACUUCCCAUCAGGUAAUCCAUACAGGAGAGAAACCACAUAAAUGUAAUGUAUGUGGCAAGGGCUUCAGACAGACUUAUCACCUAGUGAAUCAUCAGAGAAUUCAUACAGGAGAAAAGCCUUUCAAAUGUAAUGAAUGUGGCAAAACAUUUAGCGUGCAGUCAACCUUAACUUCCCAUCAGGUAAUCCAUACGGGAGAGAAACCACAUAAAUGCGAUGUGUGUGGCAAGGGCUUCAGACAAAGUUCACAACUCGUGACUCACCGUAGAAUUCAUACUGGAGAGAAACCUUACAAAUGUAAUGAGUGUAACAAAGCAUUUAGUAUGCGAUCAACCUUAACUUCCCAUCAGGUAAUCCAUACAGGAGAGAAACCAUUUAAAUGUGAAGUAUGUGCAAAAUUCUUCAGUUAUAGGUCUCACCUUGUGUAUCAUCGGAGAAUUCAUACUGGAGAGAAAACUUACAAAUGACUUGAUUGUGGCAAAGUCUUUAUUUUGCGUUCAAGCCUAUCUUACCAUGAGGUAAUCCACACUGGUGAGAGACAUUACAAAUGUAAUCAGUGUUGCAAGGCUUUUAGAAGGUGUUCACUCCUUAGGCUUCAUGAGAAAAUUCAUACUCAAUAGAAGCUGUAUAAAUGUAUCGUGUGUGUCAAGGCUUUUAGAGAAUGGUUUGACCUUAGUAUUCGAUAAAGAAUUCAUUCUGGAGAGAAACCUUACAAAUGAUAUGAGUGUGUAAAACCUUUACUUGGGUCACAUCUCGCCAAUCAUCAGGUAAUCCGUACUGGACAAAACCUUACACAUUUACUGAAUGUGGCAAGGCUUUUUAGGUAUUGCCUAAACUCGGGGUUCACCAAAUACUUUGUACUUACAAAUGCAAGGAAUGUGGCAAAGUUUUGAAUUAUUGCUUACUUUCAGGAUACAUAAGAAUGUAUGUCUUGGAGACAAGCCACACAAAUCUAAUGUGCAUAGCAAGGAUUUUACCCAGACAUAAAAGGGGGAACAUACUGGAGCAAUAGUUUACAAAUGCAAUGGGAGUGGCAACAGUUUUACCUUGAGUUCAAGUAUUAUACAACAACUGAGAGUCCAUAUCGAGGAGAAGCUGUAUGAAUGUAUGGACAGAGGUUUAUCCAGGCCUCACACUGCACUAGACUUCAAAAUAUACAUCUUUCAGAAAAACCACACAAAAGUAAUGUGCAGGCUAAGGCUUUACCCAAAGAUCAAAACUGUGGAACAUAAGAGGAGUUAUAGGGCUUCUGUGGUGGCGCAGUGGUUAAGAAUCCGUCUGCCAAUACAGGUGACACGGGUUCAAGCCCUGGUCUGGGAAGAUCCCACAUGCAGCGGAGCAACUAAGCCCGUGCGCCACAACUACUCAGCCUGCGCUCUAGAGCCCAGGAGUCACAACUACUGAGUCCGUGUGCCACAACUACUGAAGGCCACGUGCCUAGAGCCCAUGCUCCGCAAUAAGAGAAGCCACUGCAAUGAGAAGCCUGCACACUGCAACCAAGGGUGAACCCCGCUCGCCACAACUAGAGAAAGCCCGCAUGCAGUGAUGAAGACCCAAUGCAGCCAAAUAAAUAAAUAAAUAAACCUUUAUUUAAAAAAUAAAGAAUCUGCCUGCCAAUGCAGGAGACAUGGGUUCAAGCCCUGGUCCAGGAAGAUCCCACAUGCUGCGGAGCAACUAAGCCCGUGUGCCACGACUACUGAGCCUGCGCUCCAGAGCCCGCGAGCCACAACUACUGAAGCCCAUGUGCUUAGAGGACAUGCUCUGCAACAAGAGAAGCCACUGCAAUGAAAAGCCUGCACACCGCAACGAAGGGUAGUUAGCCCCUGCUUGCCUCAACUAGGGAAAGCCCGUGAGCAGCAACGAAGACCCAAAGCAGCCAAAAAAAAAAAAAAAAGUUAUAUUGAAGAGCAACCUUGCAAAUGUAAUGAAUGUUGUAAAGUUUUUUUUAAUCAAGUAUUCACAUCUUGGGUGUAAUGAGUGAAUUCAUGCAGGACAGAAACUAUACAGAUAUACUAAACGUGGAAAUACCUUUUAAGAAACAGUGUGUUCUUAAGAUUCACCAAAGAAUUCAUGUUGGGGAGAAUCCUUACAAAUGUAAUGAAUGUGUAAAUUUUUUGGCCAAUUCUUACAACACACCAUACAGCCAAUAAUCUAUACUAGGAAUAACUGUCUUUACUUCUCUGAGAUUAACCUGAGAUGUUACAUACUACAGAAUAAUUACAAGUCACAAAAUAUUAAAACUUAUGACAUGUUGUGUGUAUCACUGCAGCAAGGACAUGUGGAAAUGGCCCAUUCUGUUCUAAUAAAAUAUAGAGUAUUUCAUUUGAGUGUUCUUGAAAAGGCUGCAUUGCUACUUUAUGAAUUUCAAGCUAAGGUUUGAAGUCUUUUGAUUUUAUACCUUUAUUACAGGAAUUUCCUGAUGGUCUCUGGGAUGGAGUCAAGACAAAGGGGCCAAAUUCACUAGGUGUGGUUCAUUCAUAUCCACCUUUCCUGGAAAAACAAUACCAAAGGACUUCCCUGGUGGUCCAGUAGUAAAGAAUCCACCUUCCAGUGCAGGGGACGUGGGUUAAUCCCUGGUCAGGGAACUAAGAUCCCACAUGCCGUGGGGAAACUAGCCCACGCGCUGCAACUACUGAGCUUGCGCUUCUCAACUAGAGAGCCCGCGUGCCACAAACUACAGAUCCCAUGCGCCCUGGAGCCUGCAUGCCACAACUAGAGAAGAGAAAACCCUCAUGCCACAACUAGAGAGAAGCCCACCUGCCACAACAAAGACCCAAUCUGCUGUAACGAAAGAUCCUGCAUGCCUCAAUGAAGAUCCCACGUGCCACAACUAAGACCCCACCUGGCCAAAAAAAAAAAUAUACAGAGUUACGUAACUCAAUGUUGAAUGAAUUAGAAUCAGGGAAGGGCAGAGAAUAAUGUAAAACUAUGAUAUCAGUUAUCAUGCUUAUGUUCAAGGAACCCAUCCAUAGACAGGCUACAGGGGGUUAUAGUACAGAAUGUUCUACCAACUGACCAUGAACAGAUUAAGCAUUAAGGACUGGACUUUUCAUGGGAGGAGAGUGACAGGUUACUAGGACUCGUUAUUUGUUAGAAAUAACACACUGGAAAUGGUGGUUACAUUCUCCAUUGAAUGGCAAUGGUUAAUGAAAAAUUAGUCUUUUUUUUCAAUAAAUUUAUUUUUGGCUGCAUUGGGUCUUCGUUGCUGCACGUGGGCUUUCUUUAGUUGCAGCAAGCGGGGGCUACUUUUUGUUGUGGUGUGCAGGCUUCUCAUUGCAGUGGCUUCUCUUGUUGCAGAGCAUGGGCUCUGGAGCACAGGCUCAGUAGUUGUGGUGCACGGGCUUAGUUGCUCUGCAGCAUGUGGGAUAUUCCAGGACCAGGGCUCGAACCCCUGUCCCCUGCAUUG